UGGAGAGCCAUGCCUUCCUUGAAGAGGAUAUUUCUCUUUCUAGUCACUGAGAGAUGAAAGUAUUAAUACAGGCAGGCUAAUAGUUUGCACAUUGAAAAUUUCUAAAAGCAUAUGUUGUGCAUAAGAGCCUAUAACCAUUACACAAUGUCAAAACUAUGUUCUGGCAGGAAUAAGAAAGCCGAGACUUAAGCAGUUGAAGACUGAACAAGAAGAGAAGUUCACUGCUGACUUCAACUUACAAAGCGCACCACCGCGAGUAGGGUAGAUGGGAAGAUAUAUUGUACUUAGGCCUUCAUAUGUGUCAAAAUAUGGAUUGUCGUUAACUUAUUAAGCUGCACUUUAAGCUAUGUUUUUCUGAAAAAGUGGACCGAUGCAUAUUGUUAAUACGGGACUUUCUGAGUAGCAGAAAACAGGCAUUUGGCAAGAUGUUAGCAUUAUUCUUUUUCAUGUGUGCUGUACAAUGUGCAACCAGUCAAUUCCGAACUAUUCUGAGUAAAAGAGAUGCAUCAAUAAACUCAUCACAGCUUCUGUGCAGCAUGCCAGGACCUCUUGGGGCUCCUGGGCCUGCUGGUUAUCCAGGAAGUGCAGGACAGAUUGGCAGGAUGGGAUUUCCCGGGAAGGAUGGAAAAGAUGGGAAAGAUGGAGAAUCAGGAGAUCCAGGUGAAAAAGGUUCACAAGGUAUUCCUGGAAAUGCUGGAGAACCUGGUCCUAAGGGCAAACAAGGACCUAUUGGCAAAGCUGGUGCUCGAGGAGAUAAGGGACUCCAAGGAGACCUUGGAAAGUCUGGAACCCCAGGAAAGAAGGGCUCUCUUGGCAAUAAAGGAGCUCCUGGAUUACAAGGGAUCUGCAAAUGUGGCAUUAAACAAGAAAGAUCAGCCUUCUCUGUUGCAAUCACAAGCAGCUAUCCCAAAGAACGACUACCCAUUAAGUUUGGCAAGAUACUGAUGAAUGAAGGAGAACAUUAUAAUUCUUCCAGUGGGAAAUUUCAUUGUGGGAUACCUGGCAUUUAUUAUUUUAGCUAUGACAUCACUUUAGCAAACAAGCACUUGGCAAUUGGGUUAGUAUACAAUGGCCAGUAUCAGGUUAAAACAUUUGAUGCCAACACUGGCAACCAUGACAUUGCAUCUGGUUCCACAAUUCUUCACCUGAAGCAAGGUGAUGAGGUGUGGCUUCAGAUCUUUUAUUCUGAACAAAAUGGACUGUUUUAUGACUCCUACUGGGCUGAUAGUUUGUUUACAGGCUUUCUGAUAUACCCAGAUCAGGUUGUACAAAAUGAAAUGGAAGAGCAGUAGUUUUACUGAUGAAAAAAGUGUACUACGUAUACAUCUGAAUGACCUUUUGCAAGUAUUUGUAGUUAACAUACUUAUCACAUGCCAGUAAAUUAAGAAUUCAGCACAUUAUUUGGUUUAUAAAUGCCAAAUGACCAUGUAUCCAAAGUCUACAUAUGCAUUUAUAUUAGUAAAAUAAUUUUCUUUUAAAAAGCUCCCACAGCAUCAUGGUACUAGUAACAUGCCCCAUUUCAGGUAGACAUCAGAUUAUUUAUUUCUCAAUGUGGUAUACCUGGCAUGCUUCUGAUGUGUACAAAAUCCUUUAAAACACUUCCUUUUGUGAUCUGUUUUACUAAAUAAGCUAAAGCUACUGUGCAGUCCUCAAGCAAAGAUUUUGUAACAUUAUUUUAGCAAGUAAAUUUUGCUGUCUUAAUUAGUUUGUUUUUGUAUUCUAAAUAGGGAAUUCAAUAAAAUACUAUGAUUUGCAGGCAGAUGUAUAUAAAAUGUGUGUGUGUAUUUUUCUGCAUUCCCAACUUCCACCACUUUACCAGUUUUUUAUUUUCUGUCAUUCAUAUGCUCUUGUUGUCAUCUUAGUAUUCUCAAAUUUCUGAAGUUUAUUGAUAGUGAAGAAGGUACCUAUUUUGCAGAUGUCGUUAUAGUUAAACAUGUCCCAUAAGUUGCACAAUCUUUGGGUAAAACUAAACAAACUCCAAAUGUUUUGUUUUUUAUUAUACUAAAACCUACACAGGUGCUUUCGCUCCCAAGUGUGUAUUUUAAAAAUAUAGACUAACCAAUUUAUCCUUCUUGCUGAUAAUAUGGCUUAGCAGAUAAAAUCCUGUUUUUUUCAGUAUUGAAACAACGGUGCAAUUGAAGGUAUUGUUAUUGAAAGUGAUUCUAAAACUAGCUCUAUUUUGUUUUUAGUUGCCUUAGGCCUUGUAGUUUACUUCUUUGAAUUUCAUAUGUGGUUCAAAUGUGCAUUCCCUGUCACAAAAUGUAUCUGUUGGGUGAUCAGUAACAAUUUCCCAUGUUAUAGGAUCUGAACGCAUAUGCUUAUAUCUCAAUAAAUGUUUCUCUGGAAUGUUGUGUGAUACAUGUAGGGUAACAACUGCUGUCAAUCAGAGAUAUUUUCAGUAUUUAUUUAUUUAUUUAUUGGCAAAUAUUUGUAAAGGAUGUUUUUGGUAGGUGUCUUCUGGAAAUGCUUGCAUGAACUGUCCCAUCUAAGACUUUACAAAUCUCUGUACAUCUAAAAAUGGGCAAAAGUAACAUGAUUGUAACAGGUUAAUUUUGUUUCAGACUAAUUUUCUUCGUAAUGCAAAAUCUCAAAAAAGAUGAAGCUCACCACCACUGAAUCAAUGAAGCUAACCAC